CCCGUCUGCGUCUGUCUGAUUGUACGUCGUUGUCGCGGUUCGUGCGCUCGUGGGCCCGUAUGAUGCUACGCUUUCCGUGGUGAUGGUGCCCCGCGAUGGCCCUGUCCGUGUGGUGAUACUUGGCGAACGCGUUCCAGUUAUCCCUGCGGCGCCGGCAAGGCGUACUUUGCCCCGUGCGCUCUCGUCCUACUGCGACGGUGGUGGUGGCGGCUCGCCGAUGCUCGCUAAGCCUAACUGUGGCUCGCAGUGGUGCUCCUGAUCGACCCCGGCUCACUAGACCGGCCGUUCAAGUGACACAGCUUAUCUGAAGACAUCCUCUCGACUCGCGCGCGAUCACUGUGCCGCACCGCCGAGAACCACGUUUGAUGCUGGUGCCGGAGCGCAAGUUUUGGAGCGUCUGUGUGACACUCCCAGCUGUUGUGUUGUGGUGACUAGAGGACGUGAUCGAUUCCGUGUGCCCAGACGCUGUCUAGCGGAAACGCCGGCGCCUCGACGGGCGCUCGCGCGUGUGGUGUGUUAGCUGAAGUUUUCCUCGCGUUCAUUUUUUUCUCGGUCACCUAUCUGCCUUGACUGCGCCCCAGUGGCGUGACUUUACACGACGGGAGACAUGGCCGGGAGCUUUGAUCCGUACGAUAAGAACAGCUGGUUCUUUGGGCCCAUGUCCCGGCAGGAGGCGUCCGACCUCCUGAUGGCCGAGAAUGAAGUGGGUGUCUUCUUGGUCCGCAAUAGUACAACCAUAGCGGGUGACCUGGUGCUGUGUGUCCGGGAAGAGAACAAGGUGAGCCACUACAUAGUGAACCGGGUGUCACAGCUGGAGCAGACACGGUUUCGCAUUGGCGACCAGAUGUUCCCCGACAUACCGUCGCUGCUCAACUUCUACAAGCUGCACUAUCUGGACACAACACCACUCGUAAGGCCGGCUGCAAAAAAGGUUGAGAAAGUGAAAGCCAAAUACGACUUUGAAGGGAGUGGUGACGCCGAUGACCUGCCCUUCAGAAAGGGUGAGGUGCUGACUGUUAUCUCGAAGGACGAAGACCAAUGGUGGACCGCACGAAACAGUCUUGGCCACACGGGGUCCAUUCCUGUGCCAUAUGUCGAAAAGAUUGACGACUGCCAGCUGCCCAAUGACGGCCAUGGGUGGAAUGGACCUGCGUCACCCCCGCAGUUGGGAUCGCCACCCGUGGCACCGCCUGCUGCCCGGACCACAUCCGGUGCUGGCGACCCCAUCAAGUACAACACCCCAUCUAAUGUGCAGAGGAAGCUGCCUGCCAGGGCCAGGGUGAAACAAGCUCGGGUCCCAAACGCCUACGACAAGACAGCCCUGAAGUUGGAGGUUGGCGACAUCAUCACCGUGACCAAGACCAACAUCAAUGGCCAGUGGGAAGGAGAGCUCAAAGGUCGCGUAGGACACUUUCCGUUCACGCACGUCGAGUUCAUCGACUCCGAGAACCCGGACGAUGAUGAAUCGUAGACACAACUUCGCUGGUGGCACCCCGGGGAAGAGAGCUUUUUUUUUUUUCCUCGCUGCAGCCUUUCCCCCUUGCCAACCUUCCUCCGCACGCCCGCUGCACCAUUUUCUCCGCCUUGCUGCACGAUCGUUAGCCGCGCACCACGGUGGCAACGGCAGUUUUUGCUUAGGAGUGCAGCGCGGCGCUGCGUGGCACCACCUACCGUGGAUCCGAGAAUUGUGGUGCUUACCAGCCGUGCUCCGGCUGUCACGAAGGCUGUCGAGUACUGUGUCGACGAGCUGCCUCAGGAGCCUGGCCUUGUUGAGUUCUUUGUCGCCGUGUCACCCAUGUAAAGAAGGAAAGAGAGCCGUGACUGUGUGUAUGCAAUGUGGUGCCGUGGGCAUGUGUGGAUAGAAUUGCUCUUUUUUUUUUUUUCUUCUGUGUCAUGUGUUGAAUAGAGCAGGUCGGAGUGUUGUUGGGGAGUCCAUAGUAGGUGUGAAAUGGGUGUGUCGAAACCUCAAUCUGGCAGGGACGUUGGCGAAAUGUGGUGAGUUCGUUUCCGCCCUGACUGUGGGCAAGAGAAUUAACUCCGAGUUGGGGGAACCUGCAAGGACUUACGGGAAGAUCUCACGGAGAGCGGACGUUUUCUUUGCCUCCGUGUCGGCAUGCUACUUGCUUUUUUCCCGGCACUGGAAGUGCCAGGAGCAUCGGCUCAUUCAAGUUGCGUGCAGGAAAGCUUUUCAUCGUGACUACAGCGGCUUCUCUGUGAUAUAGGGUGAAGGUGAGAGAGCUGUAGUCAAGAUGUUGGAUGGCUUUGCAAACUGUGAAGCCGAUGGAAAAUUGUAGCUUCAAAGUGGACAGGGUUCAUUAGUGCUCCUCUGAACUUUUUUUUAGAACUCCUCAAAUAUCAAAGGAUCAUUUUCGAGGGCUUGGAAAACCCUUGAACUUAGUGAGAUGCUUCAACAGAAAUCCCUGAAUUUCGCUCCUAAGUUUAGCAGGUAUUACUUGUACUUCUUUGGUUUCUUGCCAUUAAAAAAGUCAGCCAGUUCAGUCCCGUUAGCAGCGUUGUGGUGGUUGGCGGUGGUUUAGUUAUUCUAAAUUAUUUUUGAUCUCUUAAAAGUAAGAACUUUAUUUUCGUUGUUAUCCUCGAACUUGCACUCUCAUAAAGACGCAAAUGCACAGACCACACUGUUUAUUGACCACAGGCCUCGCGUGUUUUCGUGCGAGCCUCAAAUCGUGAUGCCCCAUGCCUCGCAAGGAAUCGAGGCACACUGUCAGCAGCCAUCAUUGGUCAGUAGCUUUCGUAAUUUGCUGCCCAAUGUCAGGACAUGGGUUCAGCCUCUACUUUGAUAGCCAUGCAUCGUACGUCAGCCAUUGCCAGUCAAAAAGUGGCGCCUCAUAUCAAGGCCUCUACUGCACACGAGCAAACGAGGAGACGUGCAGCCUCAUGUUUCUCUGGGCGGCCAUAGCUUUUCCAGACGAGUGUCACUUGAACGAGGAGGUCAAAAAGUUGCAGUAGGAAGAACUCCUGUGUCUGCUGUUGCAUCACAAAAAGUGAUGUGUGAAAUUGUUGUGGCAUUGAAAAUCGCCCCCAUUACAUUUGCCCUACAGUUAGGCAUGCAAUUUUCUCGGCAACUCGGCUACCAGGUCAUUCUUCACUAUUUGUAUCAUGCUGUCAACAACACCACCCUGAAGAAGACGAUACAGGCGCAUAUUAGCUGUGGUGUUGGUAGAAGUUUAUUUGGCAACGGUUCAUAAUAUACAAGUACAGCUGUGAGGAGCAUGGACAAAGGGCACAAUAUAGGCUUGAUGGUGUUUGUAUCUCCUAAACAUUAGCAACAUGAUGAUAGCACCAUUUAGAUAAUGACUACAUAACACAAGGUACAUCAUGCAAGAAAAAGAAAGAAGGCAAACUAUUUAAGUUAUCUAUUUAGAAAAACAAAAAUAGCAAUCUGUUGUGGAUCAUUUAGUCGCUGUAAUGCAUACCUGGCAACUUUUGCAAUUUUCCUACAAUGCCUGAUGUUUAGAACAUGUUUGCAAUUGUUGUGUUCCCACAAAUAGCUUACGAUUUUUCAUUUGCGCCAUAGUGCAGGGCAAAAUCAAUUUCAAGAAAGACAAAUACAGUCGCUGAGUUAUCUUGUAUGGGCCAUUUUUUAGGACCCAUCAUUUAUGCAAAUGAACUCACUCGGCAGUGACAUCAACUGAACCAAUGUAUUACGACAACCGAAUCGUUGACAGACAUUACUUGAAUUCUAUUAAUGAACUUCAUCAUCACAAUUUCUGCUUGUCUUCGGUGCAGAUUGUUGUUGCUGUGUCUAUGUAUAGCCGAGACCCUGAUCACAGUGCCCUCUACAGAACCAAGUCGGCAAACCUUUUAUAAACAGUCCGUAUAUUGAAUAUUCAAAGAAUAUUUUGUAUUUUUCACCGUAUUUUAGUAUUGGCUUAUAAUUUGUAAAAUUUCAACGUUGCCAGGUUAAUGUGUUUGUGAGGCAGGAAUGUGCACUGGUUCUUGGUGAUGUGUUGUGUCUCUUUUCCACGUUUAGUGAGACAAGCCACUGUCUCGGGAAACCUAGAUUGCUAUUGCACUAACAAUUAUACGGGCACCGCAAAAAUGACAAAGCCAAGUGAGCGCAUGCUCCCCUACAUCGGCUCUACAGCGCGAGCACAGGGCAGCAUUCUGGGUCACAAUAACGUGAAACUAUUCCACUCCGAGUUUAUUCCAAAUCGUUUUAUUGAGCGCUGAGAAACACAGACGGUUUUCCGUUGGCCUUAUCUCGUGUGCCAUUGAGUUGCGGCACCUCUUAACAUGGCUGCCGGCGUUCCUCAUCGAAUCAGUAUGGUGAAACGAACACCUGGUAUUUGCCCCACCGCUGUUUCUGAUGCGUGGUAGCAGUUGUCUCGCAGUUCGUGCCAACAUGUUGCCUCCGUGUAUAGCUAGGACAGCGUCGACGAGUGCUAGACCUUGUCAUCGUUGUCAAUGUGUUUCACUCUUAUCCUUUCUUUUUGCUUACCUUCUUUGGCAAUACUACUAAAUCCUAAACAUCAUGUACCUAUCGGUCAUCAUCAGCAUGCCAUGGUACAUACAAAUUGUAAACGAACUAGACCAGCAUGGUUAAAUCGCAGGUCAUUCCUGACGUCUUUUCUCCUUUCCACAGGUUGUUUUCCUUUUGGCAUAUUCCCGCUGCAGGUUUGUUAGUAGGAAGCCCUUGCAUGCACUCGGCUACUUCCUUGCAAAACAAAGGGUCACUGUGCCCAUUGCCGUUCCCACUCUUAUCCCCCACUCUUAUUUUCAGCUCUGUGGCCAACUAUGCCAAAGUAAUCCUUUUGCGUUCGUUUUUCCAUUUCUAAUGGAGCCACAGGCAUUGUCAGAACCUGUCAGCAUUUUGUACAGACUUAGGUGGCUGUUAUUUCCAAACAAUCUCAUCACAUUUCUUGCUUCCAUGUGGUUACGAAACGUUACCACAUCCGCUCUGAAUAAAAAAACUUGUCAAAACGUGGCCAGAGCUGCACAUUAUAUACCUGCGCAGUUGCUACCCUAUUUUGGCACAUCUGUAUUUCAUAUUUGAUGAGUCACUUUGGAGGUUGGACGUUGCUUCUGUGCUGAUUGGGGAUUUGUGUGUGAGUAGAUGAGUUGCACUUGUGUUCUCAUCUCAGUUGGUUUUCAGCUUUUGAGGUAGUAAGAACAGUUGCAACUAGGUGUGGGUGUUUAAUUUUUUACCCUGGUUAUCUCUUGCUUUUAGUCAAAUGAUUUAUCCUAUAAUUAAUCUAUCUUGCUGUUAUGGGGUCGGCAUUAGUGACAAGCUCGAUACUUUCGAGCGGCUGUAUUUAUGAAACACCGUUUUAGUGGCUCAGACUUGCUUGUUCUUAUUGAUAGGUUAUCUGACCACUUGCUGUAGUUGCUAUGGCAUUCUGCUAAGAUAUGGUGGGUUUGAUUCUUGGCACAGUAGCCACGCUGUACUGGGGGUGGUAUGCAAAAACACUUGUGUACUACUACGUUUCAUACAUUGCAGUCAAUGCUACAAUGCUUCUUCGACUACUCGUACUCGUGACCAAAAAAUUUAACGAAAAUAUAAGUAUACGUCAUGUAAUUAGCUGAAACACUGUCACGUACACUUAUGCUACAAGAUAUGAUUUUAUUAUUAGGUGAAAUGCGUCGCAGACUCGAAUCUGCUUAACACCGGACAAGGAAGUAACAUGUUCCUGCAAUGAACGGUGGUAGCACUAGCGCUCGCUAUUGAAACAUAGUACGCCGCAAUCUGCAAGCACAGCAGUGCACGGAUAAUAUGUGAUUUGCUAUAAUGUUAUGUCUGCAAAUUGUAGUUGUAACAUAUGAAGUAGUUAUUUCGUAGAACGCAUUGCAGAAUUUUAAAAUAUUGUGAAACCCGCGAAGUGAGACUUGUGUGACCGAACUACUUUUGCAGCCGUCCCUGCUGCAUCUAUGAAAUGGAGCUUAGACAUAACUUCACAUCAAAGAACCCCAGUUAGUCAAGGUUAAUCUGGAGUCCCCCACUACUGUGCCUCUGAAAGCCUGUGUGUUGAUUUCUGAUGUUCAACAUUAAUAAUUUAAGUUAUUAAUUUAUGUUAGCUGACCGUGCUGUCUGUCUAAAAGAAAAAAAAAUCUUGUUCCAAGUGAGUCACUUGUACGCGGGAGUCAAACGUGCUCAGAAUUUUAUAAAUGUUCGCAAGCCCCAUUCGGGUGCAUCAUGGGCUUUUGAAACACAGGCGAGUUUCAAGCGCUGUGAAUGAAGAAUGAAUAAAUCAAUCUGAAUGUUGGAAUCGAUCACCCAGCCUAAGUUGUAAGGACUUGUAGACAGCACAUUCUGCUAUCUUGCCCACCUUUUUGAUCAUUCUUGCUCUUUUCAUUGUUGAAAGUGGCAUGGGUGCCCUCUGCAGUGUCUGCAAUGUCUCGUUUUGUUGAUGAGACUAAAGUUUUUGCACCCACAAGACCGAAUUUCUGUCUAGCCGCAUCUUCAUCAAUAGAUUGUUUAGAAGUGAAUGUCGUGCAGUCUUAGCUACUAUACAUGCUGCAUAAACUGACCGUGCCCUGUAGACAAAAGUGCAUUUUUUAAAUUGGAUUUUAGAAAAGCUUACGAAUUUUUCCUUCCCACAUGUCGCAAUUUAUGUUGCCAUAGUUUUCUGAUUGCACUUGCAUCCCCUUAAAAAUUCCUACAAGAAUGUAGCUGUGGCAAGUGUUGCAAACCUUUUGUUGCAUCGCAGGAAUAGCCUACCUUUUUUUUUGUUUUUUGUAUGUGUGAUGGUGAUGUUGCUUAUUUUGCAAUACCUAUGCUGGUGCGUUUUUGAUAGUUCUUGAUGGAAUUUUUUUUUUCUAACGCCUGGAAUAAUAUCAUUUCUCGUGAGCUACCUGUUCCCUUUGGGCAUCUAGCUAAGGUUGCAUUUUAAAACUUGUGGACUAUCACUUCUGUAGUUUUGUAAGCUCUAACUCAAACAUGUAUUUCAAAGAAACAUUAGGGAGUCUCAUGGGAGUCUCAUGGGAAACCAAGUAAACUUUUUCGAAAAUGGUGGCAAGCAUCAUAGUUUACGCGAACAAUUUGCGAUCUCGUGGUUUUUCUUUUAUUUGUGGUGAUUUCUUUUGUUUUGUUUUUUUUAAGCAUGAAAGAAAGCUGGAAAAAUGUACAGGCUUGUUGAUGUCCAGCCAAGAUUCACAGGUUUGAGUUCACUGAGCAGAAUAAAAUGAAUGCUCUCACUGUACUUGCAGUUAAGUGAGACAUUUGGAUAAUUUGUACGCUAGGCCUCUUCGUUCCUUCAUCAAGCCUUGUACCACUGUGUUAGUACUGCGCUGAUUGCUGUGAGGGAAACGGGUGAUCUAAAUAUCCGUAACCUAUGGUUAGCAUGCGCUGUCUAGAAAAGGCCCAAGAUAGCAGAACAUGCAAGCACAUCGAGACCAGCUGCAGUAUUUUUGAGGAUCUGCACUGAUGGCUGGUGGGACGCAUCAUGAGGAUGUAGGUCAUGCCAUUGUUGUGAGUAUAGGCUCUUGUCAGUCUCGAAAAAAAUUUUCAAUUCUCCAUAGGUUUGUGGCAUCUGAAGCAGAUCACUUCGUUUUCAUUUUCUGUUGCUUCAAUUCAUCAAAAUUGGAAUUAAUGAGGCAUUCAUUCUGUAAAUGUAAUUUCCUGUACAGCCUUUGCUGGAAGUUUGGAAGCCAAUUUGUGAGUGCCAGGCAACGUCACUGGUUGACCUGUUGCUUGUAGCAUUUGUGGCAGCUUGAGGCCUGAGAAAUUGAAGAGCAUCAUAUUUCUUGGUCCCUGGCUUUGGAGCCACAAGAGUUGUGCAGGGGCCGUAGUGCAUCCCACCAACAGGUCCGUUCACACACACACUGGCUUCUAAACUUUUUAUAGAGACUGCACACUGCUUUGCGCACGUUCCAGCAGCACGUUUGACAGGUCUUGUAGAUGACACGUGCUUCAGGAGGCAAUGAAGCACAUCAUGCUUCCUAUGCCUGCUGUGUUUUCCUUGUGUGCAUGUUUUCCUCGUAUCAGUAACAUAGCUUCCAAGUAAGUGGCAUGUGGUGUCACAUUUCAAACAUCUGUGUGCAUUAUACCCGAAUGCUUUUUCUUGAACCCUUUGCAAUAUCAUUUUCUCCGAUGAGUUAUUGCUGAUCUCCUCACACUGCGGUAGUAGUGUAAAUUCUCCAGUAGUAGUGCUUGCAUUAAACACGAGCUACACUGACACGCGACGGUUGAUUGAGCAUUUAAUUUUCUUGAAAUUUGUAAGGGGAGCACUGCUCAGCCUCAACGCUUCUGACAUAAAAAUCGCUUUUCCAUCUUCUCUCUUGUUUUAUGCACAAUAAAGCACAACACUCUUUGUGCUUUAUUAUCAAAUGAUGCCAGUCCUGAAGGCCUAGCUCUUGUCCUACGUCUGGUGUCACGAAUCACCCAGGUUAUUUUCUUCACCUCUCUUACACCGUGCAUAACGGUCAGCCACAAGGAAGGUGCCAGUGCAUAUCAAAGUCUUCGGAAUGGGCCGUCGCACAUUAGUGGGUACGUGCAGGUUCGCAACAUUGUUUAAAUGCGCGUCCCGUGUCAUGGAGUAAGUUCCAGCCUGUUCGGGAUGCUUACAUUGUGGAUUGCGAGGAUGGUUGUGAAGUGGUGUGUGUGUGUAAAUUUACACUUUUCUAGACCCGUACUUGCUCAGAAGCGUUGGUGACUCGUCUUUUAUGGCCGUGUAAGUGUGGUAUGUCGGCAGGAUUAGUACACGAUAACAAAUUGCAGGCUGUCUGAAUGCCAGUUUGGUGCAGUCAUAGAGGCGCUCAUAUGGUGCAGGAACAUAUGCAAAGGGUGUUCGUCGUGUUCAGAUCUGUGCAAAAUGCCUGGGAAUGUCUCCGUAAUGGCACAUUUUAUAUUUCUGUAUCGUGACUGGCUGCCGUCUUCUUGGUCUGUGGAUGUGUCCCAAUUGCUGCUUUAAGUUCCAUUGAUGAGGAUUCAGUCUGCUUGGUAUGUAGGCAUUACUUGUUAAUCAUUACAGCAGAAUGAAGCUUUUCCGUGAACUCUGAUUUGAGACAGAGAUGGUGAAAGACCUUGGCACAUUUGAUGUUUCUGUAUCAUGACUGGCUGCCGUCUUCUUGGUCAUUACUAAAAGUUUGGAUAUCUAUUGAAAAAUACAAGUCGCAAUUGUCUGGAAAUGACCUGCUGAACUGAGAUAGAAUAAUGGCAUCUCAAGACCAAUAUCAAGGCCACCUGUGUCUUCUUUUUGCUUGGGCGUGUUUGAAUUUUUUAUAUUCUUAUGCUCCUGUCGCUAUUUGAGAGAAGUUUGAGGGCUGUUUUGAAAGUGUGUGCUGUUCAGCCCGUGGCUGUGAAUAGCUUCAGGGAACGACCCAUCAGUUGUUGCAGACAAUGUGAUUGUAUGGACGUUUUUGUAUUUGUGUUUGGGGGCGUUUGUCCCGUUUAACCUGUCUGGUCCUAAACGCUGCUCGCACUUUGUAAUGUUACAAGAUUGUUGUGUAUCAUUUCGUAGUGCCAUUUGGCUGAUGUUCUGCACUUUUCAAAGAGUGUGUGUCAGAUCAUGCAUGCAUCUAUAGUCCUGUGGGAAAAUGCCAUGACCUGCAAUUACUGCUGGGUGCUACAGUGUUAUUUUUCUUUUUUCCCCCUCACCAGUGUUGUGUCAUGGUAGGACUGGCCUGAAAACACCGUGUCCAAUUCUGUGUGAUUGCAGCUGUGCUCCCAUGCAGAAAACGCACCUGGCUAGUGUGGUUGUUUCCCUACUGUCUGUAGUUCGUGCUUGCUUGUGCAAGCGCUUUGUUAAUUGACCCCGUCUUAGUAUGGUGCUGCGUUGCCACCAAACCGCAUUUCUCUGCUGUUGUGCGUUUUCCGUGGACGUGUGUGUUUUGUCGCCAGGGCUUGCAGAGAAAAAGGCCGCUCAUGGUGAAUCGUGCGUAGGAUAGAUGCUGCCACGUUGGUUGUGGUCAGUGGGAAAUGGUGCCUCGUUUUGUAUUGUGCUGUUGUACGUGCGAUGUCAACAUCCCCUACCCUACGUAGUAGCCUUUGUCCGGGAAAGAAAAAAGGAACUAUUUCCUUGUGUAAGUGAUUACUCUUGGAAUAGUCACUCGGACAACAUGCAAAAAAAAAAAGACGUAAAAAUGUUGCAGCGCCACUUUCUAGUCGCUACUCUCGCUUAAUCGCAGUUGUGACUGAACCUAUCGUAAUCUGCACCAGCGAGUACUUCAUGCCAUAUAUCGACACAGUAGCAUUCACUUGCUUCCUUGCAUUCGGAUGGCGGGGCAGGCAACCAGGUCCCGAUACUUUGACAUGCUGGAUAGAAAGCAGAUCAGGAUCUGACUGCUAAUACUGGUCAUUCUUUGUCUGGCUCAUCCCUUGCAUGUCUUGCGUGUCUAACCCACUAGCUGUACCAGCUCUUGUUGGUGCAGCGUACUUGUGCCAGAACCGUUUUCAGCAGCUGUGUUAGUCGUGGCGAGUCGUAGUUUCGGCACACAGUCACAGACGAUCAGUGGUGCUAAUGUUUUGGGGCGCUUUAUCAGUGCUCAAGUCACCAUUAAGCAGCGUUCCCGUGGCGACAGAUCUGCAGUACUCCUUGGUCCUUCUAGAUUAUAGGGGUCUUUUGGUACAUUAACCUGCGACUUGGGGCUCCGAAGUUUUUCUACAGGCUGCUUCUGUGCUGGCUCUAGUGCACAUCAUUGCUAAGGGACAUUGAGAGCAAGAAAGAGAGGGAGGGAAAAUGUGCUAAACUUCACAGCCUGAAACUGAAUUUUUUUCAUACUAUCUACUUCUUGGCAAUAUCCUAGCAGCUCAAGAGGCGACGUCCUUCAGAGUUCCCGUGGUAAGGCUAAAUUUGAUUUCACAAGAUUUGCUUGUCACGUUACAAAGAAAGGGUGCCGGCAGGACAGUGCACACAGACCUAUAUGCAAGCAGCAUGUAUUGAAGCACCAAAAAUCCAUGUGCUGUGGGCUUCGGAACCUGCAAGUCGCCACUUGCGUGUACACAGUUGGUGCUGAUGCUUGUGGAGCUGAUAGCCAGUGCCAGCUUGAGUGCUGCAUGUCAGAUUAGUACUGCCGUAGGUUAAUAUUGCCAAGUGCAUGCACUAAGUUUACCUUCUCACAUCAGCUGUCAUGGAAAAUCUAAGCAGCACAGGCGCAUUUCCCACUGCAGAAGCAUGCCAACUUAGCACUGUGGUCUAUAGCAACUGCAGAAUCUUUUCUUAGCACAAUGGUUUCAAAGCAGCAGUGCCCAUUGUCUGAUACCUGUGUUACACGAGCACUUUUGAUCUGAUCAGGCCCAAUCCAGAUCAAGUGCUGGUGCGCGGUCACUUUUGAUCGCAAUCAAGAUUCUUAAUCACAAUCGUAGACUGACAUCUGCUCCUCUAGCCUGGCGUUCUAGAGAACGCUAAAAACAAAGUAAGGACAGCUCAAUAAAAACGCUUAAAAAACUUUUAUAAGCAAUAGUACAUAUUUCUGUGAAGAAACAAAAUGAAUUUUAUAAUACAAUUUUUACAGCACAUUAGACAAGUUUUAAUAGUGUUUUGGACUCUAUUAAUGACACCAGGUGCUCUUGAGAUCUGAAAUUUGAUUGGGAUUUUAGGACCAUGUAGCAGCGAUUAUUGUCAAUUUCAUUCGAGAACUUUGAUCCAGGUUGGGCCAAAUCACAAUCAAGUUACUGUGUGACACCGGUGAAGACCAGGAGGGUAUAUACAAAAAACUGAAAUAUAACUGAAGGCAUAUUACUUGUGUUUCACUGUCCUUAAAUGGAACCGCAUAUUGCCCUGGCUCUCCAUUGUAUGCUGCCUUUUACUGGGCGCACUCUUUUCUAUAUGGCUGUGAUGAUGAAAAGCCUCUUUGGGCGCAAGUGCUGACCUGGGGUGUGUUCCAAUUAGUUACGACAAACACAACCGUCUGUUGUGGCAUUGAGAAACAGCUGUGUAUCUGAGCGCAAGCACAGCUUCACACUGAAGCCAAGAGGUGGACGAAAUCCCAUGUAAUUGGGAAGGGUCGAGGCGAAAAGACAGACGUUGACCAAGGUGGAAAAUUGUUUAAUGAGCAGAUUGUGAAAAAGGCUUCCGUAUGGGGGUCGAAAUGACGUUUCAAAUAUUUUUUCACCUUGGUCGGCAUCUCUUGUUUUUCACUACAUCUUGGCAUUACAUGCACACUAGUGUAGCAUUUUUUUUGGAAUUACCAGAAGUAAGCUUGCUUCUAGUAACUCUUGACCAAGAAUUUCGAUAAACAGCGAUGUCUUGCCUGUUCUACCCUUGGCAAUGAUGCUGCUUAAUGUAUGUCGCAACAGAUGAAUGGUCACAGACCACUGCUUGAUUACUCGCCCAUGGCAUCCUGAUACCUGCAUUUUCCCAAAACUGCAUGGUGACUUUUGCCUGAAUAGCACCUGUCCAUUUAAUCACUCAUCUGUGUCUGUUCGUCAGACACCUAAGUAGCCUGCAUUGCUGCAGACCUUUAUCGUACUGUCUUCGUUGUCUAAGGCAACUGUCUGGCAUAGACAACAAAGUAGCUGCAUUGUUGCAGACUUUUCUACUGUCUACAUUUAGAUUGGAACAGUACACAAUAUAUGGCAGUUGUCUUGCAGAUGCAACAAAGUGGCUGCCUAUGUCAAGUAUUGGAACACACCCACGGUCGUAGUCCUUUUCUCAUUUUAAGUAUAUGGAAGCAGUCUCUAGGCAUGUGUGUGUGUGCAUGUUUUCGGCACCAUCUCCAGCAUUCUCACCCCACACACCUCCGACCUUCAAAAUGACAAGAGGUUUUCCUGCACAGAUAACAGACAUACAGUAUGCGUUUCCCCAAUUACUUUUUACAAGUGACUUCCCCCCCCCAGGCAAUGUGGAAUGCCCUGGGCGCUGUGUUAGCGAGGAAGCAGUGUUUGCGUGUGUGUUGUCUUCGUUGAGAUGAACUUCAUAUGGACUUGCUCUGUAGAAGCCUUCUGCACGAGCGUUUUUUUUUUUUUUUCAGAUUUUACUCUUUUUUUAUUUCUUGGAAGAUGACGGGUGUGAAGUGUUUUGUACGAGUGUUUAUUGCGCACGGCUGUAUGUUCCUGCUUUGCACAGAUGAAAGUGACAUUUGCUUUUUUUUUUUCAUUGUUUUUAGUGUUUGUGCAUAGAAUUUGCUUUGUAUUCACUUACUUGAACAAAGUGCUCCAGUCUUACGCACUGUG